AUGCAUAAUACUCUUGACUACCGCAAUACUAUACUGAUAAAGAUCCUGGAGCUAUGUUUUACAGAAUUUACCAAAGGCAUACCACUGAUUCUUAAAGUUUGCCAUUCGCACAAGACAUACUCUUCAUAUCUCAAGGACUCCAUUCCAGCUACCGUCGGAAUGCUGAAUGAGUUGCACAGAUAUUCUUCUUCUUCCUCUGGUCUCAAGCGCGGCGCAGUGUUGUUCUUCAAGAAAGUGCCCAAAAUGCCCACAACUACUGAGUUCCUCAACAGUGCUACUCCCGAGGAAUAUGAAGCUUUACUCACAGUCUACCAUGAUGCUCUCCAAAUUAAGGCAAUGCUUAAAAAUAAGAAACAAGGAGAAAGUUUGGAGUCCUUAGACAAAUGGUACCAGGAGGAGCUUGGGGAAGCCGUGGCAUCACGUAGUCCCCCCCACAUGAUCCGGAAGGAGUUGGUCCGCCUCAUGGACUGGAAGCUCUCCAGGGGGAAGUUCAGACCUCGCCUGAUCCAGCUCUCAGAAUCUAAUGAGGAAUCUCUCGUCAAGAGUGCAACAGAGAAGGGUAUCAAGCUUGCACAAGCUGGCAAGAUUGAAGAAGCAAUUGAAGCUCUUGUUGUUCUGAAAGGUGUGGGUCCUGCUACAGCUUCAGCCGUGCUUGCAGCAUGUGUACCAGAGAAGUGCUGUUUUUUUGCCGAUGAAGUUGCCCAUGCCAUACCUGCCCUCAGCAAACUCAAGUACACUAACAGUGAAUACUUAUUACUAAACACUGAACUUACAAGCUGUGCUGCACGCCUCAAUAAUGAGAGUGGCAAUGGAUGCGAGAAGGAAAACAAUGAGGACCAGUGGACUCCUCAUAGGGUGGAACUAGCAGUCUGGACACACAGCCUUCUCACUCACAACAAACCCAAGUUAUUGGAUAGUGUAAGCAUCAAAAGAAGUGGAGAAGAGAGUGAAACCCCAAAGAAGAAGAGGAAGAGGAACAAAAAAUAAAGUUAAAUGCAAAAGGUGAAAUUCAUUAAUUUUUUUCUCUCUCUAAAAUGAUGUACUUUUUUGUAUGGAUCCAUUGGAACAGAGUUUUGGCAUUUCUUUAAAUUGAUUUUAAUAAUUUGUUAUUGAUAUAGAAGCAAAUCCCAUAAAGAUAGGGGAGCUUAAUGUUACCUUGUUUUGCUUAACAAGAAAUAAUUUGUUUCUGUAUGCCAAAACCUCACUUUUUCCCCCAAUGGAAAGCAAAAAGUAAAAGACAAAGUAUUCAUGUUUAAGGAGAAGUAAAUGAAUAAGCCCCUUUCUCAUUCCCAAUAAGAGUAAUAGAAAUUGAAAAGCUUUCUGCUCCAUGUAUUACAACAUAACAAUCUUCCUUGAAUUCUGUUUAAUUUCUGAAUAUUUAUUGAUGGCUUAUCCUGUGUGUUGUGCACCAAAAGAUUCAUAAUAAAACAAAGUAAAUGACAGAUAUUACUUUUUUAGAUUAAAAGACGAUGAUAUUUGAUCUGAUUUCAAAGGUGGUUGUGUGUGUGCGUUUGUGUUAGGUUUAUAGCCUUCUUGUAGAUACAUACAGUUCUUACAGAAAAUUGGUAAUUAUACACAUGUGUUCUGUCUCUCAAUCACAUUCACACACUAUAUCAUGUUGUCACUUUUACACUCAUUCACACACAUUUGUACUUAUACUCCUACACACUCACAAAUUCAUUCACUCUCACUCACUCACACACUCACUCUCACUCACUCACUCACUCACUCACUCACUCACUCACUCACUCACUCACUCACUCAGAAUACAUGCUCUUAAAGACAUACACACACAUGCACAUUCAAAAACACAAGCACACUCACUCACUCACUCUUGUUCACUCAGAACACAUGCACCCACACAUAUACUCAAAGACACACACUUAAUGACACACACACACACACACACACACACACACACACACACACACACACACACACACACACACACACACACACACACACACACACACACACACACACACACACACACACACACACACACACACACACACACACACACACACACACACACACACACACACACACACACACACACACACACACACACACACACACACAUAUUGAGGAAUGGUAAUAUAUAAGCGCUUAUAAAUGUGCAGCUAUGUUCAGCAGCAUACCUAAAAUGAGCAAGAGAAAAGAAAGGAAUACCUUUUGGUUCUUUCCAAACAACCAGAUGAAAUGGAAUGAAAAAGUGAAACCUUUUUAUGGUAUUAAUAUCUGUGGUUUUCAGUGUGAAAGUACAUCAGCACAGAAAUCCUAACACUUAACAAAACUGAUUGUGGUAGAAUGAUAUUGGUUUAUGUUUUUUAGAAUAUCUAAAUGUUACCAUCAGUGGGCCUUUUGGAAGCUGCAAUGCUCCCAGUGCACCAAAAGUACAAAAAAAAAAUAAUAAUGAUGAUAACUAAAAAGAUUAAGAGCACAAAGUGUCUUGAAUGUCUUACAGGUAACUAGUUUGAGGAGUCAUUCUAGUGUGAUAAUUUAAUUGAGGCCACAUUUGUAUGUAAGAGCUGAUGUAAGUUAUUUCCUUGGUGAAAUACUUAAAAUUAUAAAGUACAAUACAGUACAAUCAGAUUGUUAAUUAAUAGAUUAUUCAGUACCAGAUGAACUAAAAGGAGAAAUAUGUUUGUAUUCAUUCUUUUAAAAUAACUAUAUUAUGAAGUCUGUAGCUUAGUAUAGUGCCGUUUAUCAUAGAACAGUAAUUAUGUAUGCUACAGUACACUACAAUAUUGUAUUUACUUCAUGUUUUUAAUCUUUAAUGAACAAAAUCACUUUUCUGUCAUUACUUCAGUUGUUCAGUCAACCCCACACAAAGUGGGAAAAUGUAAAAGAAAGUAAAUACUUAAUUGCUCAUUUUUUCACUAGUAUAAUUAAAUGUCAUGUAACCUUCAGUUAUCGUACUGUUAAAUGUGUACACAAAUUAUAAGACUAGAAAGAUUAUUGUGACAAUACUCAAGGAAUCUCCUAGUCACUUUUUGCAUUUGAAUACAUGUUUUGUAUAGGUCUGCAAACAUAAGCCAUCCUUCAGAAAAAAAAUGUUAAUACAGAAUAGACUUUAAACUUCAGAGAUAUGUGUUGAUCUGUUUGCAUCAACUUCUAUAUUUUGAACUGUAUGUCAGAUGCUUCCUUCUCCAAAUACAGUGACAGAUAGAUGAUUUUUUUUAGGUUUUACAAUAUUUUUUCUCAGGUUUUAAGUAUUGUAGACGACAUUAUAGUCUACAGUUAAAUCUGAUUGCAGUGGAGGAUACUUAUAUGAAACCAUUGUUUACAGAAAUCAAGUUCGUGUUUAUUAUUGUUAUUACUAUUAUUUACUUAUUUUUCAUUUAUUUGAUUUUACUUAUUUUUAUUUAAUAAUUUAUUUUAUUUCAUUUUUUUAUUUAUUGAUGGAUUUUCAUUUAUUUAUUUAUUUAUUUUGUUUUUCUUUUUUCUUUUUUCUUUUUUUUUCUUUUUGAGGAGAUUGAGAUAUUUUUAUAUCUGUUCAUAUAUUUAAUAAGCAGAACUGUUUCUUGUAUUGAAUUUUAGCUUAAACAUAAGUACAUUCCAACUGUAUGUAAUUUUAAGUUUUCAUGGAUUUUUAUGAAACAUUUCCACUUCUGAUCACCUGCAUUUUAAAAUUUUAUGUUAGUGUAAACAAUCUAAGCGGAGGGCUUAGAGUAUCAAAUUGUUCUUAUUUUCAUUUGAAAGAAAAUAAAAGGUAUAAUUUGUAGAAUACAAAAUUUGAAAAUCUGUGUACAAUAAGUUUCAUUUGUUAUAAAUGUGCACAAGA